GAAAAAAAGGAGACAAAGUGAGAGAGAGACAUUAACCAACGACAAGAAACAUAUCUCAGAGACUCAAACGGUGAAAAAUGGAAGCUAAAGAGGAAGUUAUUUCUGUUGAGCUCCCUGCUCCUCCUGCUUGGAAGAAAAUGUACUUGCCGAAGAGAGCAGGUACACCAAGGAAGAGUGAAAUCAUGUUUAUUGCUCCAACUGGGGAAGAGAUCAAUAACAGGAAACAGUUGGAGCAGUACCUAAAAUCACACCCUGGUAAUCCUGCAAUAUCAGAGUUUGAUUGGGGAACUGGUGAGACACCCAGGAGAUCAGUAAGAAUCAGUGAGAAGGCCAAGGCAACUCCAACUCCAGAUAAGGAGCCCCCAAAAAAGCGAGGCCGGAAAUCGUCAGGUUCAAAGAAGGAUGGCAAGGAAAUAGAGUCUACCCCUGAAAAAGGCGAAGGUGAGAAAGAAGUCCAAAUGCAAGAUGCUGAGGAAGCUGGGAAGGAAAAUAAAGAGGCAGGGAAAGAGAAUGAUGUCGCCAAGGAAAAUCAGGUCCAGGAAGGAGAUAAAGGAGAAUCUGCCCAGACAAAGGAUGUUGAUACUAAAAUAGAAGAAGCUACUCAAGAGGAGGAAGCUGAUAAGGUUACGAAGAUCCAAGAGGAUGCUGGUGAAGGAAAGGAAACAAAGAAUGAUAAGGAAGGAGUUGAAAAUACCCAGCAUGUGACGGAAGUUCAAGAGCAUGAAAAUGCAGAGGCAGUAUUGAAGAACAGACCUGCUGAAGAGGUUGGUUCUGGUGAAGGCUCAGGAAAGGAGUCACAAACUGAGGUUGAGAAAGAGACUGUUUCUGGCGACAAGAAGGAUAUCAAGGAAGCAAAUGAGGGAGCGGAGAAAGAGAAUGCUAAUGGAACUGUCCCUGCAUCCGAGGGAGGGGUUAAAGAGAAACCAGAUAUACAGGAGAAUGAUGCAAAACAUAGCAUCGCUGUAGAUGGAAAAAUCAAUACAACAGAUGGGGAAGUCAAGGAAAAUGGCAAGGAUAGCCAAACUGGGCAAAAUGAUGCCCCACAAAAUGCAGCUCCUCCUGUGAGCUGCUGAUUGUACUACACUACUGUCCACGAUCUGUAGUUCUCUUCUCAUAGCUCUGCCUAUAUUUGGUUGUGGUGACUUUUUGGAUUCUGUGGAUGACUGUAACAUUAGCAUUGUCAUUGCUAGAUGUCAUUGUAUGUCAAUACUAGAUUUUAAUGUAUGUAGGUAAAUUAUGUAUCACCUCAGAUUAGGUCGUAGUUGCUGCAGCUUUUAUUACAUUGUUCUGGAUCUCAAGAUUGUAGAAUUUUGAACUGUUCUUAACUGCUAUAGUUAGCUCGUAACUAAACAUUAUUUGCUUUUAA